AUGAAUUUAACAAUUGAUGUGAGACAUUUUCUCACACAGAGGUGGUGCCCCAAUGCUUUGAAGCCUGCUGAAUCAGAAAUGGAAAGUUUUAGCGAUGAGAUAUUCGAAUCUGAAGAAGCUGAGGUUAUUGUUGUCUCUUCAACUUUAAUAUUUGCGCUAACUAUUGCACUUGGCUUUCUCGUAUAUAUUUAUUUACGUUGGCGACAAGAACAAGAAGAUGAAAAACUUAUGAAUGAGCUUAGAAUUGUUGUUAAUCGUGCUGCUAAUAAAGAGAAAUAUACAGCAUUUCUUAAUGAUGAAAGGUAUUUGGAUGAUGAGGAUAGUGAUGUUCAAAUAGAUGUAAAUAUAGAAACGUCAGAAUAG